AUGAGCAGUAGUCAAGGCAAGAAACACACCACGACCUCAAACAAGAGCAUUAACGACACCACCCCCACCGCCGGCGCUACCGCGAUGGCCAGCACCAAGGCGUCCUCUGAAAAGUUGUCACGCCCCUCACACCUCGCAUCCACGCCGGACUCAACUCAACGUACAAAGAAAGUGAGUUCUCGACGCGCUACUACGACAACAACUGAAGUCAAAACCUCCUUCCCCGACUCUGACACCGAGCCCAGUGACAUCUCUACCGCAUCCUCUUCUUCCUCUUCCUCCUCUGCUGCGGCAAUUAAUCGAAUACCCUCAGAAAUGCAGUCCUCCGUGACUAGUGAGUACCGUGUCUCCUCCACUUCAGCCGAACUGCUCCCUGCUUCGUUAGACGACACUUCUACGCCAACAAACGACGUGAAAGAAGAGUUGGGGGAAAAGGAGAAGGGGACGGAAGUUGAAAAUUCGCAUCCGAAGACUCUGGAGAGUGAAGGAUUCAUUAAUACGACAAAUUCCAGUGCGGUGGCAGUGGGAGAGGACACGGGCACAAAUUUGAUUGUCAACUACUUGCCGCAGAAUAUGACCCAAGAGGAGAUCAAAAGCCUAUUCUCUAGCAUAGGCGAGGUGGAGAGCUGCAAACUCAUUCGCGAUAAGUCUACAUGCCAAAACCUUGGAUAUGGCUUCGUUAAUUAUUCAAAUGCCAAAGAUGCCGAGAGAGCGAUUAAUACACUGAAUGGACUUCGUCUACAAAAUAAAACAAUUAAACCAGAGCAUGACGUGCGAAUGCGAACACUUACGAUGACUAACUUAUGUUCAGACAUGAGAGUGCGAAAGGAUUAUGCCAUGGAACUAAUUACAAUGUAUAUCUGCACUCGAUUGCCAGUGACGCAGUUAUCGCACAAGAUGUACCAACCAGGCAGAGCACGUCCGAGUUCUGAAUCUAUAAAAGGUGCCAAUUUAUACAUAUCUGGACUUCCGAAAUCCUUCACACAGCAGGAAAUGGAGAAGCUGUUCGCCUGCUGUGGGAAAAUUAUCACCUCUCGCAUCCUUUACGACAACAAUACUGGUCUCUCAAGGGGUGUUGGAUUCAUCCGCUUUGACCGUCGUAGUGAAGCGGAGCACGCAAUUCGCCACUUGAACGGCGCGGUCCCACCCGGUUUCACGGAGCCAAUCACCGUAAAACUCGCAAAUUCACCUUCCGGUGGUGGUGGUAGCGCUGUCUCAAAUCCCGCAGGUCUCAUUAAUCCCGUAAUCCACCAGCAUCAUCAACAACAUCACCAAGGCCUCCUCCUUGCCGCUGCCGCUGCUGCUGCGGCAGCAGCGGUGGCCGCCGGAUCGGCGGAGGUCAAAGCCCCACUGCCACCACCACCACCCCCACCACCGCAUUCCGCUCAGCCCCCCACUGCCAUGGCUUUCAUGCAUCAGAUGGCCUCUCUCCCAGCAAAUUUUACGUUGGCCGCACACCCCAUCAUGCAAGCUGCAGGCCACGGCCCACUCCACCUCGCUCCAUUCCACGACUCCGUGGAGUUACUCCCGCGAUCGGCCCCAGCAACAAGCAGUCGGCAAGUUCUAACCGCAAUGACCGCCAUUCACGUGCCAGGCGCGCACGAGAAGGCUCUCGCCACUGCGCCCUUCAUCGGUCUUCCCCUGGCACCACCUCCCCCGCCCCCUCCUCCACCUCCCUCCCUGGCAGGCUCUCAGGGGCUGCACCACCAUCCUCCCACCUCUACUGUCUCCGUCGCCGCUGCCGCGGCCGCUGCUGCUGCGUCGGGAAUCUUUGCGCCACUAAAUGCACGAUUUAGGCGAGUUUUCUUGGCAGAGCAUAGGUAUCCCUUGAGCGCGGCUCCGAUUGGUCAGGACCUCUCUACAACGCUUUCCACACUCACCUGCGUGUCGCCAGGAGCUCAGCCGCCACCGCUUCUCGCCGCGGUGCAUGCACCGCCUCCAGCCCCUCCGUCCACCCUCAUUCGCCAACUGGGGAGUGGGGUUGGGGGUCUUGUUGGCGGAGGAGGCGCUUGGUGCCUCUUCGUGAACAAUCUUGCGCCGGAGACCGAGGAAGCCACACUAUGGCGUCUAUUCGGUCCAUUUGGGGCGGUGCGCUCUGUUAGUGUGGCAAGAGAACACGGGCCUGGCUCAAAGUGCCGCGGCUUCGGGUUUGUUAAUAUGACUAACUAUGAGGAGGCCCUGCACGCCAUUCAGUAUCUCAAUGGAUCAAUAAAGGAUAAAUCUACUAACGAAGAUUUUGCUAGCUAA